GACCACGAGUGCGCGCAACAGAGGGCUGUGCACUCGCGCGUUCAAGUAUUUGUACCCACAUGCUCGCUGAGCUCAGUCAGCGUUUGACUCAGUAGUGGCAGAAGGGAUCCAGGAUUUCCACUUGUUAGUAAACUCCACGAUACCGAAAUCAAGUGCAUCCCUUCAGCCAACAUGUCAAAGUUGGAUCAGAUCCUUAUCCUCGACCCUCCGUCUGACCUCAAAUUUAAAGGCCCUUUUACAGAUGUAGUCACCACCAACCUCAAACUGAGGAACCCUUCUGACAGAAGAGUGUGUUUCAAAGUGAAAACGACAGCGCCACGUAGGUACUGCGUACGGCCAAACAGCGGCGUUAUCGAUCCUGGAUCAAGCGUCAACAUCUCUGUCAUGCUACAGCCCUUUGACUAUGACCCCAAUGAGAAAAGUAAACACAAAUUCAUGGUGCAGACGAUUUUCGCCCCGCCAAACGUCACCGACAUGGAAUCAUUGUGGAAAGAUGCAAAGCCAGAUGAUCUCAUGGACUCCAAGCUGAGAUGUGUCUUUGAGCUGCCAUCUGAAAAUGAUAAAGUGAAUGAUGUGGAGGCGACCCGAGCCGCCCCCGUGAUGAACUCCGUGAAGGCGGAGUCGUCGGCAGCCGCGGUGCCUAUCGCUGCCGGAGCGGACGACGCGGAGAUGAAGAAAGUGGUGGAGAAGUGCAAGAGACUGCAAGCUGAGAUGAACAAGCUGAGUGAGGAGAACCGGCAAUUAAAGGACGAAGGUUUGAGAAUGAGAAAGAUGCCCCGCUCAGACCACAUGACACCAAACUCGACCAGCCUGCUCGGUCGGGAAGCCAGCGCCGCCUCCCUACCAUCCCUCCUCGUUGUCAUAGCAGCCAUCUUCAUCGGAUUUUUCAUAGGGAAGUUCAUCUUGUAGACUGGGAGAAGCCAGCCGUAUCCCACGCCUCGGCUCUGGAAUUUAAAAAAAAAAAAAAAAAAAAAGGAAAAAGGCCUGGAAAAACCGAGAAGUCUUUCUGUUGACUUUUGCCAUAUCAUUGGUAGUGUGGCCUACAGUGAACACAUCUGUACAGUAUCAUUUGAAGGCACCGCCUUUUUACAAUCUCACACAGUUAGUAUGCACAGAGUUGAGUGAGGAAAGGCGACAAAAAGCGAUUGCUCCCUCCCCUUCUUCUUUGUUGUUUUUUUUUUUUCUUUUUUUUUUCUUUUUUUUUUUUGCCUGUAUAAUCCAGAUAUCCAGUGUGGUGGGACAAUGAAAGUUGUAUACUAUCAGUCAACAUGGAAGAUGCACCUAGAGUUAACCAUGGGCAAGAAGCACUCAAAAGAAUAAUAUCUCUCUCCCCCUUCCCCCCCCCUCCCUCUACUUCUGUUUUUAAUAGGAAUUGAAUGGAAUGUUAGGUGUCUUGUAAAUGUCGUUUUAAAUCCUUUUAAACAAAAAAGGAAAGAACUUCCAUCAUAAAGACGUUGCUACCUGUUGCUGGAUUGCCUCUGAAGUAAAAUCUGUUCGGUUUGUAAUUUCUUCUACUUGUGUUGGAAUGUUCAGGCCCAGCUGGGGAUAUAGGUGCCUCCUUCUUGUACAUUUGUCUUGAUCUCACAAUACAAAUACAGACUUAUUAUUAUUAUUAAUUAUUAUUGUUAUUAUUAUUAUUGCUACUACUACUAUACAAAUCGUAUAUCCUUCUGAGGCAGUUAUUGACUGAAAUAACGUUUCCAUUCUUAAAGUCCUGUCAAAGGUAUUCAACAUUGAAAAAUAAAAAUGAAAAAUGUGGUUUUCAUAGCGGUUCUUUUCCUGCUUAUUGUUACUGCCAAUGUUUUAUUUUGUGUUUGUACAAUGCAGUACAGUAUAUGAAUUACCCUGCGUUUCUAAAUUUGCUUUAUAUCUCUGCUUCAUAGGUAUUGCAGUGGAUAUAUAUGUAUAUAUUUUGAUGUAACCUAGAUUGGUCAGAUGAAUCAAGAUGGAAGUUUUGGGCUGUACUUUAGUUAGCGAGGAAGGGAUUGUUGUACAUUUCUUGUGGUUUGAGCUCCCACAAACUAGGCGCUGUCACUGUCGGUUACGCCAAGGUAAUUUUAUGCGUUUCUGGUACAUUAUAGUAUUCCAGAUGAGGGGGGAACAUCUGUGGUAAGCUUGUUCCUAAAUCUUUUUAUUUUAUUUUUUUGUUAGCCUGAUUGGUAAAAUGAGAAAGCAUUCUUUAUAAGAUGCUGAUUAUUUUAUUUUUUUCUUUUUGCACAGAGUUGAAACCUACAAUUAUUCUGUUAAAGCGCAAAGUGACGUGAUUCACUGCAGCAUUGGUAAAAGACCACUUUUUUUUUUCUCUCUCUCCCUCUCUCUCUGUUUGGCGCUAGAGAGUUGGAGAAUUGCAUGUUAGACUUUGGCUGUGUGACUAUAGUGUUAAGAGACGAGCUGAAAGUUGCGUAAUUGUAUGCUUGAAGUACAGAGUGGCCCCUUUGAAUGAGACGUUGCUAGUACUGUUUUUGUCUUCAUUCUUUAUGGUAUAGAUUCAACAAGAUGCUGGGAUCAUUUCUCAGAUUCUCAGACAUAUUGAAUGAUUGUAUUGCAUAGUUGCUGCUCAUUUGUCAGCUGCACAUCCAUGAUGUGAAUCUCGUUCCACCACAUCCCAAAGGUCACUGUUGUUAUUGUUACUGUGGUUAAGGUUGCCUUCAUUAUCCGCUUGAAGCAGUCUGGUCAUUCUCCUCUGACGCCAACAAGCCAUUUUUACCCAGAGAACUGCCGCUCGCUGUACGUUUUUUGUCUUUUCAGACCAUUAUCUGUAAACUCUAGAAAUGGCUGUGUGGGAAAACCCAGCGACUAUGUUCAAAGUUGUAAAUCAACUUUCUUCUCCAAUCUAGUGCUCUGUUUGAAGUCCAGCAGGUGUUCUUACCCAUGCCAUGAGUUGCUGCUAUAUGAUUGGCUGUAGUAAUGACCAAUUAUACCACCAAUUAUUUUAAGCUGUGGGUAGCUUCUCCCAUCAGCAGCACAAUCAACCAUAUUUAUGAUUUAUCCUUUCAGGUUUGAGCAUAGUUAAUUUGUUGCUAUAACAAUACGAACAUGUACUGGCUUAAAAUGAGCGGUGAGUUGGAACACUCGAUAUUUGGCUCACAGAUGGAGGAUGUGGCUAAUGUAAGUAAUAUGUCACGGUGUAACAUCACUCGAAAUGCGUGUACAUGUUUCUAUUCAAUAGAGCUAAGGUUUUUGUCAUCACCUGAAUGGAUUUUUUUUUUUUUUCUCCCCAUAUUUUUUGGGGGGUUAAAUCCUUUGUUUUUCCACCUUACUCAUUGCGCACAACAGAAGACCUUAUCAAAUGUGAGUAAAUGCUGCUGCUUCACAGUAACUUUGUACUGAGAAUAUGUUACAAACCUGAUCAUAUAUGUAUAUGUCUGAGGAUAAAUUUCGCCUCCAUCUGCUCCUUUAAAGCUGCUCAGUGGACAGUUUGUCCUUGGCAACUUCCAUGUAAGACUCCCUCGUACAUCCACUUUGCAAACCCAUAAAACUGGGGCUUUUUAAAUGCCCUGCUGGGAACCAUAAAGUGUAACAAAGGGAUUAACAAAAAUAUGUUCCCUGUUAAAUGUUCAGUAAGCUACAAUAUACAAAAUCUGGCUGUAAGAGCAGUAAUGAACACGAAGGAGUAUCAAACCUUUGUAAUCUCAUACAUGUAUCCAGUUAUUGAGACAUUUCUUGGAGCCCGUUAAAGCUUCUUUAGCCUGGGAACACUGAGCAAAACGAUGCACUAUUAAUGAUGACACACAAAACCUCAAGCUUAAAUUUGACAGAAGCAUGCUGGGAAACUCCAAUCCUUGUCCAUGACCGAGAGGGAGAUCGAAAUGACAACAUAUGAUAAUGAUGAGUGAAACCCCAUGAGCUUAAUUAAGGCUGAAAUAAAGAUCCCACUGGAGGAGUGGAGUUUUGAUACUGAGCCACACAUGAGGACUUUAAUCCCAUUAAGGCAUUUAGAAUUUAUUCCACCCUCAGGUUCAAAAACCACCUGAAAGAAGCAACAAACACUAAUCCCUUUGUUUCUUAUAUUACAGAGGCCUUUGCUAGAAGACCACAGUUACAACUCCACGUUGUUGACGGGUAACACAGCUGACUACAGUGAUGCAUCAUCACAGUCGAUCCUUUGUGAUUGCACAAACAUCUUAUUUGUGUUAGACGCAGCAAGAGUCUUCGGUAAUGUCACUGAAAUGAUUAUAUACAGUAGAUUUUCUUCUUCACGCAGCCACAGUGGAAACCAAACAAUUAAGAUGUGACUAAAGGGAAAAUUCUCAGCUUUAAUUCAAAAAGCUUGAAGAGAUGAGACAUUUUUAUACACAGUCCCAUUUUCAGAGGCUCAAAAUUAAUUAGACAAACAAUUUUUAAUAUAAGGUUAGUUUCUAACACUUAAAUAAAAAUCUUUUGGAAUCGAUGGCUGCCUGAAGUCUAGAACUCAUAUAUAGCUAAAUGCUGAUUCCUCUCUUGGCGUGCUCUGCUAGGUCUUUACUGCAACAUAACUUCAGCUGCUGCUUAUUUGGAUUUCUCUGCCCUCAUUAUGCACGGUUAGGUUGAGAUCAGGUGACGGAGUUGGAGCCUCACAAAUAUCACAUUUCUUUACCUUAAA